AUCAAAUCCAGAAACAUACUUAUCUUUGAGAACGAUGUUGCAAAGAUUGAGUACCUUGGUGUCUCUGGAGACCCUUGUACGAGUGACUAUGAUCCAUUCGAGGAGUUCAGCAUGAAGUGUGAUAUCUACAGCUUUGGGGUGGUGCUAUUGGAAAUUUUAACUGGGCAACUAGCUGAAGAUUGUAAUUUACCGGGACAGAGCAAGUAUAGACCACUAGUGACAUGGACUAUACAAAAAAUUAGCACAGGAAAUGUGGAGCAAUGCGUGGAUCCAUCGCUUGGAGGGCUAUACUCUCUUGAGGCUGUUGACGAGAUGGCUUCACUUGCAGCAGACUGUGUGCAGGGCAAUGCGAAUUCCCGGCCCAGCAUGAGCAAGGUUGUCGAGACUUUGAGCUCCUUAUCGACCAUCACGUCAGGCAGUCUACCCAGAGAAAUCCCCCGGAGAACCCCGCCCCCGCCCCCGUCCCCGUCCCCAUCCCCGUCCCCAUCCCAGCCCCGCUGGUAUUGGUUUGGUGGUGUCCUAUAUGCUUCUACAGAGGGCGUUGUCUACGACACUCCGUCCUCAAUAUAA